AUGGAAAGCAGGAAAGCGCUUGCAAGGAGAGGGCUGGGGCUGGGGGGCAAGUGUGGAAAGGGCGCGGAGUUUCAGUUUGGGCAGACAGCAGAGCUCCGGAGAUGGAUGAUGGCUAUGAUUGCACAACAGUCCGUGAAAAAGGCCGUAGGUAAAGAGUAUGUUGAGACCAGGUGGGAGCGGGAGGGCUGGGAGGCGCUGCAGCCUGUCUCUGCUCACCUGACACAGUUUCCGAUAGAAGAGGCCUCGGGGAGGCGGCUGCUUCAUGACCCCGCAACGUGGCACCUUCGCACUUCUGUCAGGGUGCAGGACUCGGCAGCUGCCUGUUGGCUGCAGUGCUGCAGUCCCGUGGUGGCACCGCUGAGGUCAUCUUCGUGUUUGCCUGGACUGGCCACGCACAGCCAUGACUUCUCACACUCGUGUGGGGCCACAGGGCAGUUCCGGGUGGUCAGGCCUCCCGAGGUCUGCGGUGUGAGCACAGAGAUCCGCUGCCUUCGUCACAGGGCCAGCACAGUAGAGCCCUGCUGCCAGGUGCCCUUGGCACUGCCCUGGCCUCUGCAUGGCCUGGAACUCAUCAAUGCGCUGCUCAGUGUUGCCCUGCUGGAUCUGGUGCAGGGUCUUGUACUUGUCUCGGCCUUGUCUCAUGUUCUUGUUGUGGAUGAUGUCAUUGUGGGUCCUCUUGUUCUCAUCUCUGGCCUGGGACAACUCGUUGCUCAGAGUCAGCAGCUGCCGCUGCACACACUCGUUCUUCUCGGCCUUGGUGAUGUGCUUCUCCUCCUCACUGUGGUCGUCCAGGAUGCCCUCCCUGGACAGCUCAGCACUGUAGCCCACGGACUCACAUCCUCUUCCUGCAGGCUCUCCUGCACUCGGUACCUCCUAUUUAACAGACAUUGUAUGGUGGGCUGGCACCAUUGCAAUGGCUGUCGGCCAGAUUGGAAACUUCCUGGCUUACACGGCGGUCCCCACCGUCCUCGUAACUCCUCUGGGUGCCCUUGGAGUGCCGUUCGGGAAAAGCUCAACAUCUUGGGCAAACUGGGGUGCCUGCUGAGCUGUGCGGGCUCUGUUGUGCUGAUCAUCCACUCCCCGAAGUCUGAGAGCGUGACAACGCAGGCUGAGCUGGAAGAGAAGCUCACCAACCCAGUGUUUGUGGGCUACCUGUGCAUUGUGCUGCUCAUGUUACUGCUGCUCAUCUUCUGGAUUGCGCCAGCCCACGGGCCCACCAACAUCCUGGUCUACAUCAGCAUCUGCUCCUUGCUGGGGAGUUUCACCGUGCCUUCCACGAAGGGUAUAGGGCUGGCAGCCCAAGACAUCUUGCACAACAACCCAUCCAGCCAGAGAGCCCUGUGCCUGUGCCUGGUGCUCCUGGCCGUGCUGGGCUGCAGCAUCAUCGUCCAGUUCAGGUACAUCAACAAGGCCCUGGAGUGCUUCGACUCCUCCGUGUUCGGGGCCAUCUACUACGUAGUGUUCACCACCCUGGUCCUGCUGGCGUCCGCCAUCCUCUUCCGGGAGUGGAGCAACGUGGGCCUGGUGGAUUUCCUGGGCAUGGCCUGUGGAUUCACGACUGUCUCCGUGGGGAUUGUCCUUAUACAAGUGUUCAAAGAGUUCAAUUUCAACCUUGGGGAGAUGAACAAAUCUAACGUGAAAACAGACUAGGACGCAGCCAGGGGUUGGGGGCUGGAGGAGCACGACUUGGAGGUGGUUCCUGGUCUAGACUAGAUGUGACAUAGCAGAGACCCUCAUUCCCUGGUGUGAGAGUCACCAUGCACUCAUGGGUGGCCUCGCGGACACAAGGAGCCUGGCUCCGCACGAACCAGGCCCAGUCCUGAGCGGCCCAGCCCUCCCACUGGUUGCCUGGGCACCAUCUCUCUCUGAUGAGAUGAAUGCCGUUUUCAUUUCCAUUAACCUGGAAGCUUUUGUGACUACUCUUUCCUUUUAAAAUAUUUUAACAUGACCUGAUCAGAAAAGAAAGGUAGCCUCUUUCUGGUUAGUCAUUUGCAGGAGAGCAUAUGUUCUUCAAGGAUUACGUUGGAAACAGGAGAAAUUGUCUUGCAGUCUGGCUCUGUACAGUAAACGUGACUGUAGUUGUGUUAGUUUGCAUUAGGCAUGUAUAAUAUUCAGGAACCUCAUGCAAAUAGGAGGUAUAUACUGAACUGUCUUCAAUCCACUAACAAAUUGGCUCUCUCCUGCACUAUCCCAAGACAUCUGACUGGCAAAUAGAGAAGAGUUAGUGAGUGUGCUGCAGUAAUUCCAUGGCAGAAUGACUCCAGUAGCUCACAUCGAUUCAGUGCCUUUAUCACUCGAUUUAGUCACUUAAUUUGACCAUUACUGUGUGUGUGUUCUCUUAGAUUAGAAUGAUGCCACUUCCUUGGCUGUAUAGUUAUAUUUUAAUGUUCAGAUUACCAAUAUGUAAAGCAGUUAGAAAUAAUAAUAUAGUCAGUGGAAGACAGUCAAAACUAAAGAGACAUUAGAGCAAACGGACCCACUCAGCAUGUAGUUAUUAUCUAAUUAAAGACAACUAAUUAAGUAGCAUGAGGCAUUUUAUUUUCAUUCAAUCUGUGUAACUAGGAUCCCGUAUCAAAUAUAUCUACAUUGUUUUUCAGCAAGCAUUUGUGACCAGUGGGAAGAAGUAAACUAUUUAACUUAAUAAUAAGUUAUUACAUAACUUGUGUAACAGCACACAUAUUGAGUGUCCUUUAAUACAGGAAUGAAUUAAAGGGCACAGGUAAGCUUAAGACAGAGUCUACAGGGCCGAAGAUUUAGCCCAGUGGUUCCAGAGCCUGCCUCACAAGCGCAAGGACCUGAGUUUGAUCCCCAGUACCAAAAAAAAAGACAGAGUCUAGAAAUUACAACACACAUAGUUUUCCAAGAGAAGAAUAUCAAAGAUGGAAAUAACUCCUUUAGCCAGCCCAUUGUUUGAGAUAACAUUAGCGAGUUCUUUACCCAACCUCAUAAACUUCUUGAGCAUACACAAACACCUGGGUUUCAUCCUUAGAACCAAAAACAACAGAAAACAAAAUGAAAGACUACCUAAAUAUAAAAUAGCAGUAAUUGUGGCAGGUUUUGGAUCAAAAAGAUCAUUUUUCUGUCCGUAGUCACCUUCCAUGUGUCAUUAAA